AUGGAGACAUCACUACACGCCACCACCGCCUACAACCCAGCAGCUAAUGGCAUGAUGGAGAGAGUCCACCAAUCGCUCAAGGCUUCCCUAAUGGCGCGCUGCACUGGCAAAAAUUGGAAGAGCCAGCUACCAUGGGUCCUCCUCGGUCUCAGGACCGCCCCACGGGCAAACGGCGAGGCAUCACCCGCGGAGAAGGUAUACGGGGAACCAUUAACAGUCCCUGGCGAGUUCUUCCCGACCAAUGCUGACGACGCCGACAUCUCCAUCGCCAGGCUUCGGGAAUCUGCCGCAAAGUUCACGCCCUGCGUCAAAACCUUCUCCGACAGGACCAAACGCUUCCUCCUGAAGGCCCUAUCAUCGUGCAAACAUGUCUUCAUCAGGGACAACGCCCGCCGCCCGCCGCUAACGAGACCCUACCGAGGCCCCUUCCGCGUCCUACGACGCACUGACAAGGCGUAUCUCAUAUCCAUCAAUGGUCGUGAGGACUGGGUCACAAUCGAUCGCCUGAAACCAGCCUUCAUCAUGGACAAAGAGCCUGCCAACGCGGAUUCCAUAGGGCGCCUCAAUCUUCCUCGUAAAGAAGCGGCUCCUUCGAUCGCCAAACCUCCCAGUCGUAGCCGCGGCCACCCUCGGAAGACGGUCGAACCCCCCGAGGAUCACCUCAGGGGAGGCAUCCCGUCCCCAGAAACCCCCGAGGAUCUACCACAGCAACUGAUAUCGCGCACCCGAGGGCGCCUCCACCGCCCAGCUCGCUUCCGUGAGUAA